AUGGGGACAAGCCAAGAAAAGCUUGAGAAAUCAGACAUGUCAAUCUGGGAUGCACAGGAACUGUACUUCGAGUUCCGAGCCCCCGGGAGUGAGACGGAGCUGCCUCCCAGCAGCGAGCUGACGCACAGGCGCGGCUCUGCCCCGGCCGCAGGGCGCGUGCUCUGGAGCUUGUGUCGAUGCAGAGCAGUUCAAGUUUAUGGCCCAGCAGAAUCUCAGAGCGUGGUAUUUGGAGAUGUGUGUCCCCUACUCACGUCCCUCUUAGACGGGUACAAUGUCUGUAUCAUGGCAUAUGGGCAGACAGGAAGCGGGAAGAGCUAUACCAUGCUGGGGCCACAUCCUGCAGAUGGAUCUGCUCUGCCUCUGGAUGCUCGUGAUGAUGUAGGAAUCAUCCCGAGAGCUGCUGCAGAACUCUUCAGGCUUAUUUCAGAAGAUCCAUCAAGAAGCACUAAGGUUGAAGUUUCUAUAGUGGAGGUUUAUAACAAUGACAUUUUUGACCUUCUGGCCAAAGACAAUUCCACAGUGGCCUCUGUGGUCAAGCGCGAGUUGAAGACGACAAAGGAAGGAAGGACGGAGGUCUCUCUGCGGACGUGCGAGGCUGUCUGCAGUGCCGCGGAGUUCAUGAAGCUCGUUCAUGGGGGUCUGCAGCUCAGGGUGAAGCACCCCACCUUAGUGCACGACGACUCUUCCAGGUCCCACCUGAUCAUAACGGUGACUCUAACCACAGCACCUUCCUCUGACAGCACUGAGCGGGCGUGCAGGCAGACCCUCCCGCGGGAGCCCGCCGGCCCCUGGCCCUUGCCCACAGGGGCGGGAAGGCAGCGCAGCACUUCUCCACGAGCUUCGCCUCCGAGGCCCGCAGACCCUGCGGGACGCACGGAGCAGGUGCGGGUCCAGCUGCAGCUUGUGGACCUGGCGGGCAGCGAGUGCACUGGACUGUCCGGGGUGACCGGAUUGGCCCUGAGGGAGACGUCCUUCAUCAACCGCAGCCUCGCGGCCCUCGCAGACGUCCUGGGGGCCUUGUCGGAGCGCCGCAGCCAUGUCCCAUACCGCAACAGCAAGCUCACGCGCCUGCUGCAGGAUUCCCUCGUGUUAUUCACACUGGGCAAGGCCCUGCUCCCACAUCCUGUGCUGGUGCUUUGUGAGGUGCGUGUGUCUGAGGGGAGGCACCGCGGCUUCGCUCUUCGUGGCGGGUACACAGAGGGCGGCUUGCUGGCUCUCUAG